AUGAAUUAUGCAUCGAGGGCUUCCCCGCCGUGGAAGCUGGAGUUCCGAUCCUCGAGGAGAUUUGUGAUCUCGGUAGUUGCGAUGGCUGUUUUUACGGAUGUUUUUAUUUAUGGCAUGAUUGUUCCCAUCCUGCCGGUGGUUUUAAAAACACGGGUGGUUGUGCCUGAUGAUCAACUGCAGCAAUGGAUGGCAAUCAUGCUUGCCGCGUUUGGGGGUGCUAUCUUUGUUGGAUCCCCUAUAUUCGGCUACUUCGCCGACAAGGGUACCUCCCGCCAGGUACCGUUCAUCUUCGGUCUACUCGCGUUGGGCGGUUCGACUAUCAUGUUCUGGGUUGCCCGGUCACUCUCUUCGUUGGUCAUCGCGCGAGUCCUGCAGGGCUUGUCUGCCGCUGUCGUCUGGACAGUCGGCAUGGCUCUUGUUGUGGAUACAGUGGGAAAGGACCAAGUUGGAGCGGCGAUGGGUUAUGUCUCUAUGGCUAUGACGGUGGGAACCGUUUUUGGUCCUUUUAUCGGAGGGGUCGUACUAUCGCGGAUAAGUUACGAUGCCGUAUUUACGAUUGCCGUCGGACUAGUUGUUCUGGAUAUCCUCCUUCGGCUUUUUAUGAUUGAGCAGAAAACCGCAUUGAAAUGGACUCAGCCACAGAUCGCUAACGAAACAGAGAGUUUGUUGAGUAGUGCGGAUGAAACUGGCAAUGGCGUGUACCAAGCCACCAGACAGGAUCGUUCUGACCAAAUAUCAGCUAAUCCCUGUCAUUCUGUUUGCUGGCCUGAGGUCAGCGGCGAGCCAAUUUCAAGUGGAAGGACAUCCACUCUACCACCUAUCGUGCGCUUAAUGUGUUCUAGCAGCGUGUUGCUCUUCUUUGGAGCGACCAUAGUCGAUGCCAUUCUGUGGUCUUCUUUCGACACCGUGCUUCCGCUGCAUGUGAUGGAGACAUUCAACUGGAGUCCCUUUUGGGUCGGGGUCUGUUUCCUGCCAUUGUUUGCACCGUCUUUCUUUUCUCCUCUAGUGGGCGAUGCCGUUGACCGCUACGGAUCCCGAACAAUCGCGUUCCUUGGAUUCCUGCUGGACUUCCCUACGUUUUUCCUCCUUCGGCUCAUCACACAUGAUACGACACAGGAUCAAAUCCUCCUUUAUAUUUUCCUAUUCAUCGCAGGUAUUGCAUCGACCCUUCAGAUGGUGUCCCUCAUGACCGAAGUCAGUCUUGUCGUUGAGCGACAGGAGAAGGAAUCGCCGGGAAUCUUUGGGAAUCAAGGAGGCAUGGGGCAAGCGUAUGGACUGUUCAAUGUCGCCUGGUCGGGUGGCCAGGUAUUGGGGCCAUUGAUCGCGGGGCUCCUCAGUGAUCGGGGUGGAUGGGUGACGAUGGUGAGCGUCUUUGGCACGAUGAGUGGCGUUACUGCGGUGGUUAUUGGCUUCUCAGAUAAGAAGGUUCUGAGGUGUUUCGGGCAACGGACAUAG